ACAUACUUUCGUACGUACCCUUUCACACAUAUUCGUCCCCUUUGUUACUCUUUCUUCUCCCCAUUCAUAUUUCAUAUUUCAUCUCUCUCCCUUCCUGCUCAUCGUCCACAAACAAACUCAGCUGAGAGAGAGAGAGAGAGAGAGAGAGAAUGGCAAGACUAGGAGGGUUUUUCGUGUGCCUCUUGAUCGUGGCAAUGGACAUCGUAGGUGGGAUUAUGGGCAUCGAAGCAGAGCUUGAACAAAACAAGGUCAAGCACUUGAGGCGAUGGAUUUUCGAGUGCAGAGAACCAAGCCAUGCAGCUUUCAAGCUGGGAUUAGCUGCAGCAGGACUUUUGGUUGCAGCCCAUGUUGUUGCUAACUUGCUUGGUGGAUGCAAUUGCAUUUGUUCUCAAGAAGAGCUCCAAAAGGCACCUCCUAAUAAGCAACUUUCUGUGGCUUGCCUCGUCUUCUCCUGGAUCAUUUUUGGGGUUGGAUUGGGCGUGCUCGUGAUUGGGACUUGGUCAAACCACAAGUCAAGAGCUUCAUGUGGCUUCACACACCAUAAUUUUCUGUUAAUUGGAGGGGGCUUGUGUUUUGUUCAUGGCCUGUUUUGUGUAGCAUAUUACAUAUCUGCCACUGCAUCCACUCACUAAAACCCAGUUCAGUAUCAAUCACUCAGUCCAUUCUUAUUGUAUGUUUCCUUUUGCCAAAUUACUUUACUAAUCCAUCCUUUUCAUGCUUACACUAUGCCUCCUGACUGUGAAAUGACAAUGCUACCCUUUACUACUCACUUAGUUCCAUGUGAGACAAUUUUAGUGCUAAUCUCUCUUUACUCCUCAAUUACUUUAAUAUAAAAGGAAUGGAUUGUAUUCAAUAAU